GGAUUGGUUGCGAACGACUGUGGCGUGAAUAGUUGCAUGAUUGCGACCACCAUUUUGUUUAUUUUCAAUUGAAUUUGGUGGUUUGGGAUUAGUAUUUUCACCGAUUUGUAUAUGUUAAGAAUAGUGAAUUUUAUUUUUACGUUUAUUAUAUAUGGUUCGGCAGUUUCCCCCGGAAAUAGGGGGUGAAAAAAUCCGCAGACAUUGGGCGCAUCGCAAGUAAACACGUUAAGGUGACCGUAUCCGGCAAAAACGCUUAUAACUCAGGAAAGGAUCGCGCGGUCACUCUCAGUCUUAAGAAAGCGAAAAUAAAUAAUCAAAAUUCUGUUGUGGAAAAUAUGAAUCACGUGACGGAAAGAGAGAAUCAAGAUAACGAUGUCGAAGAAAUGGAAACGCAGGACGUUGAACCACUGAAGCCCGCAAGUGACGAAGACAAUCAAAUGAACGGUGAGCCAAUCCAGGAACAGAACAUUAUUCAAGACACAGAAAUGGAUGAAGACGAGGCCCGGUCCGAAGCGACCUUCAGCUACACGGUGCCAAACUUCAGCAAGAUGAAGGAGUCCAUGUUGUCGCCGCCGUGUUACGUUCGUAACCUGCCGUGGAAGAUAAUGGUGAUGCCGCGCACGAGCCAGACGCAAGACCGGCAGACACAGAAGAGCUUGGGUUUCUUCCUGCAGAGCGCCCUGUUGCAGUGCAAUGGCGAAUCAGAGUCGUCCUCGUGGAGUUGCUACGCCGUCGCAGAGCUCAGGCUGCUCAACCAGAGAGAAGACGUGGAGCCGUUCUCUCGCAAAAUACAGCACCUGUUCUACAGCAAGGAGAACGACUGGGGCUUCAGCCACUUCAUGUCGUGGCAGGACGUGCUGGACCCGGAGAAGGGCUACAUCAAGGACGACACUAUUGUGCUGGAGGUGCACGUGGCAGCGGACGCCCCGCACGGCGUCAGCUGGGACUCCAAGAAGCACACGGGGUACGUGGGGCUCAAGAACCAGGGGGCCACGUGCUACAUGAACUCCCUGCUGCAGACGCUCUACUUCACCAGCCAGCUGCGCAAGGCGGUGUACAAGAUGCCGACGGAGAGCGACGACUCCAGCAAGAGCGUGGCGCUGGCGCUGCAGAGGGUGUUCCACGAGCUGCAGUUCUCGGACAAGCCGGUCGGCACCAAGAAGCUGACCAAGUCCUUCGGCUGGGAGACGCUCGACUCCUUCAUGCAGCACGACGUGCAGGAGUUCCUGCGGGUGCUGCUGGACAAGCUGGAGAGCAAGAUGAAGGGCACGUGCGUGGAAGGAACCGUGCCGAGGCUGUUCGAGGGCAAGAUGGUGUCCUUCAUCAAGUGUAAAAAUAUCAACUAUGAGUCGUCCAGAGGAGAGACUUUCUACGACAUCCAGCUGAACGUCAAAGGGAAAAAGAACAUCAUAGAGUCGUUCCGGGACUACAUCGCGACGGAGAUGCUGGACGGGGACAACAAGUACGACGCGGGGGAGCACGGGCUGCAGGACGCGGAGAAGGGCGUGAUCUUCGCCUCCUUCCCGCCCGUGCUGCACCUGCACCUCAUGAGGUUCCAGUACGACCCCGUGACGGACUGCUCCGUCAAGUUCAACGACAGGUUCGAGUUCUAUGAAAAGAUCUCGCUGGAGCCGUACCUGCACAAGCCGGAGAACACGCCUGCCAACUACACGCUGCACGCAGUGCUGGUGCACAGUGGCGACAACCACGGCGGCCACUACGUGGUGUUCAUCAACCCCAAGGGGGACGGCAAGUGGUGCAAGUUUGACGACGACGUGGUGUCGCGCUGCACCAAGGCGGAGGCGAUCGACAACAACUACGGGGGCCAUGACGAGGACCUGAACAUCACGGUGAAGCACUGCACCAACGCCUACAUGCUGGUGUACAUCCGCGACAGCGCCAUGAAGGAGGUGCUGCAGGAGGUCACGGAGCAGGACAUCCCUCAGGAGCUGGUGGAGCGGCUGCAGGAGGAGAAGCGCAUGGAGCAGAUCCGGCGCAAGGAGCGCAACGAGGCGCACCUGUUCAUGGCCGUGCAGGUGCUGCUGGAGGACAGCUUCGACGGCCACCAGGGCAACGACCUCUUCGACCCGGACCACGUGCAGUUCCGCGUCUUCCGCGUGCGCAAGCAGAUGCUGUUCCAGGAGUUCAUGGUGCAGCUCUCCGAGAGCAUGAAAUACCCGAUCGAGCAGAUGCGCCUGUGGCCCUUCAGCUACCGCUCGAACCAGACGUGCCGGCCCACGCUGGUGGACUACGAGACUGACCUGCACAAGAUGAUGAGCGAGCUGGCGGAGAACGCGAACCCCUGGAACGUGUUCCUGGAGGUGGUGCCCCCCGACUCGGGCCUGCAGACGCUGCCGGCCUUCGACAAGGACAGCGACGUGCUGCUGUUCUUCAAGCUGUACGACCCCAAGACGCGGCGCAUCCACUACUGCGGCCACCACUACAUGCCCGUCGCUGCCAAAGUCCAGGAGCUGAUCCCGGUGCUGAACCAGCGGGCGGGCUUCCCCGCCGACACGGAGCUGGUGCUGUUCGAGGAGAUCAAGCCCAACAUGGUGGAGCGCAUCGACAACUACGCCGAGCCGCUGGAGAAGGUGCUGGAGGAGCUGAUGGACGGCGACAUCAUCGUGUUCCAGCGCGAGGAGAGCGAGGACAUGUACGAGCUGCCCACCUGCCGGGACUACUUCAAGGACCUGAUGCAGCGAGUGGAGGUGACCUUCUGUGAUAAAAUGAUUCCUAACGACCCGGGCUUCACGCUGGAGCUCUCGCAGCGCAUGACGUACGACCAGAUGGCGAGGGCGGUGGCCCAGAGGGUCAACACCGACCCCUACCUCCUGCAGUUCUUCAAGUGCAUGCACUACAAGGACAGUCCGGGCCACCCCCUGAGGUGCACGUACGAGGGCACGCUCAAGGAGAUACUCGUCUACUGCAAGCCCAAAACACCCAAGAAAAUAUUCUACCAGCAGCUCAGUAUACGAAUCAACGAGCUGGAGAACAAGAAACAGUUCAAGUGUGUAUGGGUAGGUCCAAAGCUAAAAGAGGAAAAAGAGUUGAUUCUGUAUCCUAAUAAAAAUGGCACGGUAGCAGACCUUUUAGAAGAAGCUAGGAAACAAGUAGAAAUGUCUGAAAAUAGUUCUGGUAAACUUAGGAUAUUUGAAAUCAAUUGUAAUAAAAUAGUCAGUACAUUAAGAGAAGACACACCAUUAGAUUCCUUAAAUACGUCAGGAACAAAAUUGUACAGGAUAGAGGAGAUCCCAAAGGAUGAAGUGAACUUGGGGGAAGAUGAAAUGCUCAUCCCAGUUGCUCACUUCUACAAGGACAUUUUCUCCACGUUUGGCAUCCCUUUCUUCGUCAAAGUCAAACACGGUGAACCGUUCGCUAAAGUCAAAGAUAGAAUACAGAAGAAAUUAGCAACUCCGGAAAAAGAAUUUGAGAAGUUCAAGUUUGCCGUCGUGAUCCUGGGAAGGCCACAGUAUGUCGGGGAGGACGCAGAGUUCUGCAUAAAUCUUCAAGACUUCAAAAGUCACCCAAAUCAAGGGUCCACGCCCCCGCGGUCCUGGCUCGGGCUUGAGCACGUCAACAAGGCACCAAAGCGGUCUCGAUUCAACUACUUGGAGAAGGCCAUCAAGAUCUACAACUGAGUGGCUUCACUGUCCUCCUAAAGACUGGAACAGACUUUGGCGUACACGACAAACUGUAUUGUGUGUUAUGCGAGGGUGUUCAAAUACAUCAAGUGUUAAAUCUCUCCUCAGGAGGUUUUCACGUCCAGUUGUUCUGGUUUUGUCGCCUUCUUUUUUUUUCUUUUUUUUUUCUUUUUCUUUUUGUGAUUUAUUGAGUGGGGAUUCGAAGGGGGGGAAAUACGUCUUCUCAAGAUUUCAUAUAACGUACGUGUAGAACAUUUUAACUUGAAUUCAGGAUCAGUAGAAAUGCUAUCAGGGCAUCAUAAUGCUGCGAUCUUACUGCCUAACUUUCUCAUUGAUUAUAGCGUGUACCUGUUAUUGAGAGAACAAGGUUUUUUAACGUUCAGUUGAGCUGUGAUUGUGUAUUCUUACUGAGUACUUACUGCCGUCAUACAGGAUGCUUAGUAACUUUACAUUAUUACCAGGAAUUCAACCAUUUAAACUUUUGUUUCUUAUUAUUAACAAACAAUUGAAUAUUGUGUUUUAAUAAGUUUAAGUUAAAUACUGUAAAUUAUUUAUUUUCUAUGCUGUAUUGUGUGUUUGUAUUGUGGCAAAUGAAGUUAAAAAGAGAAAAUAAUGAGUGUAGAUAAACAA